CUCCGUCUCGCUUUCCCUUUUUCAUCUUAUCCCAGUUCUACCCUCUCGUUCUCGAAGAAAGAAGAUAAAGAAGCGGCGGCGCUCCGACCGACCCCACCUUCACAACCCCAAACGAUGGAGGGCCAAGACGACGGUGUUCUGUACAACGGCAGCGUUGCUCUCGAGAAGGACGAAUCCCUAAACCUAACCCUCGAUCAAUAUCAAGAAGGGGACUGGGAGAAGAAGGCCGAAACCGAUGCCGACGGCACCAUCGAUGUCCUCCGCGACGAGAUCAAAGGCCUCCAGGUCGAGAAGCAGGAGGUAGAACGCCAGCUCGAGGACGCCCGGAAGGAGCUCCACCGCACCGAGGUGGAGAACCGCUCCCUCGCCGCCCAGGCGCACCGCCUUGAGGGCGAACUUGUUCGCAUCCAGGAGGACUUCACCACCGCCGCCUCCGCUGCCGAGGACUUCGAGGCCGAGGUCUACCGCCUGAAGUGCGCCAUCAAAGACCUGGAGGCCGACAAGGCCUCGCUCAUCGCGGACAAGACCGCGCUGGAGGCCAAGAUCUCCGUCCUCGAGGGGCGCCUCCUCGCUGCCGCCGAGGAGGAGGAGGAGGUCCGAGCCCUCAGGGCAAAGGCCGAGGAGCUUGAGAUGAAGGUGCGGGACCUCAACGACGAGCUGAGGCUCUCCAAGGAGCAGGCGAAGGAGGCCGUGGAGGAGCAGGCCAAGAUCGGGGCGGCGCGCGAGGAGGAGCUCGAGCAGGUCAUUAAAGCCCUCAAGGAUACCCAGACUCGAUUGGAAGAGGAGCUUGCUGGAUUCUGCUCCAAUAUCGACAGGAAUCUUGGCGAGAGUGAUGCUACUGUGACGGCGAUGGAGAAUGGUCUGAACGUCGCUUGGGUGGCGGCGGCGGCGGCAUCAGUCGGAGCGGUAGUUGCGGGGGCUGCGGCUGUCUAUCUCCACAAAGCCGGGCAGAGGUAAACUGGCGUGAGGCUUAUGAUUUCUUGGGUGCUACCUCAUGAGGAUUUUAGCUACUGUUUUCUUUUCAUGAUCGCUAUCAUGUUAGAAUUUAAGGUCCACAGGUUUACUGCCUCUUUGAUGGAUAAAUACAUAAUAUAAUGCCUUUCUGAGAAGCUUUAUUCUUAGUACGAUAUAUAGCUGGAGAGAGAGACAUGAAGAGAGUUAUGUAGUGGCAAAACAGUGCUUGCUAUCUGUUGUUUUUGUUUUUUUUGUUUUUUUUUUUUUGCUGGAGAUAAAAAAAACUGUAGCCAGAUUUCUGUGGCAAAACAGUUCUUUGUGGAGUUUUGGUAGUCAUAUUGCUUAAUGCGUCGAUCUUUUGAUGAUUA